AUGGACACCUCGGUUUGCGAUCCCGUCAAGACCAAGCGCAUAGCUCCCUACGAGCCAUGGCACGAGAUCGCAGCUGCCAAAAAAAGGGAGCAGCUCUCGCGUAUCCCUGAGCACUGGUUACUCGACAAUAUACAUAUAGCUGCGCGGGAGCAUCCGAACACAGGAGCAGAUGCAGAUAAGCACAGCCAUCAUGGAACUCACCUUCCCGUGGACGCUGUGGACCUUCGUCCCAUCGCCGCCAGCUCCGGCGUCCUGUCUGAACGUGAGCUCCACAUCACUGGUGAUACUCUCGACGCCACUGCCCUGCUGGCCAAAAUCGCAGACGGAACAUACACGAGCGUUGAGGUCGUCUCGGCCUUCUGCAAGCGCGCUGCCCUGGCCCACCAGCUCUGCAAUUGUCUGACCGAGAUCAUGUUCGCCGACGCCAUCGCUACCGCAAGCGAGCUGGACAAGCAUUACGGCCAGACGGGAAAGACUGUUGGUCCUCUGCAUGGCCUUCCCAUGUCAUUCAAGGAAUGCUUCCACAUCAAAGGUUACGACGCCUCGGAUGGCUACGUCUCCAGAGCAUUCGACCCGUCCACCACCAACUCCUAUCUCGUCUCCCUGGUCCAGGCCGCCGGAGCUGUCAUAAUUGCAAAGACCAACACUCCUCAAACCAUGCUCGUCGCCGAGGCCCACAACAACCUCUUCGGCCGUACCAAGAACCCUGUCGUCUCUCAUCUUACCUGUGGCGGAAGCAGCGGCGGCGAGGGUAGUCUCCUGGCCUUCAGGGGAAGCUCCCUUGGCAUAGGUACGGACGUCGGAGGUUCCAUACGUAUCCCCGCAGCCGCCAAUGGCAUCUACGGCUACAAGCCCUCGUUUGGGAUCUUGCCUAUGCUCGGGUACGCCGCAAGCGGCUGGACAGGAAUGAACACCGGUGUUCCCGCCGUCUGCGGGCCACUCGGCCACUCUGUGAGGGACUUGAGACUCCUGACAGAGGUUGUCAGGGGCGCCAAGCCCUGGAUGGAUGACCCAGCACUAAUACCCCAUGUCUGCGAAAGGGGAAUUUCCGAUAGAUUGCCCAUCGUUGGUGUCAUCGAGAAAUCUAGUCUCACGCCUCAUCCGCCCAUCUUGAGGGCAGUGCGCGCGGCGAGCGAGAAACUUCGACAGGCCGGCUUCACAGUGAAGCCCUUUGAGCCUGUCGACUUUGGUGACAUUCGCAAAGUCACCCGGCAGCUCUUCACCCUUGACGGGCUUUCUUACGCUAAACGCGAGCUUUCAAAGACCGGUGAGCCGCCCGUGCCAAGUGUCAAGAAUAUCAACUUCUGGGGUAUGCAGCCCAAGAUGCCAGAGGAGAUGUGGGUCUGGAACACCAAGAAGCUGGGUCUGCAGAAGGAGAUGCUUGACCGCUGGACAGCAGCUGGCAUUGAUGUGGUGCUGUGUCCAGCCGGGCCGCACACAGCGGUCAAGCCCGAUGAGUGGAUAUACGACACUUAUACUGUUGCUUGGAACGCUACGGAUUAUCCGGCAGUGAUAAUACCGUACACCCAAGUGAUUCCCGAAUUAGACCCCCAAGACGAUACAUUUGUGCCUCUGUCAGAGGAAGACAAGGAGGUCCAAUCUUGGUAUGACCCGGACCUCAUGAAUGGGGCACCUGUCAACCUCCAGUUGGUUGCGCAGAGACUAUGUGAUGAGCAGCUAUUGCGGGAUGUGGAGAUUAUCGAUCAAGUUCUGAACUUGGGAGAAAAGCCAUCUGAGUGCUGA